AUGCCCGGUUUGCUCGGAACUCCCACUCUCACGAAGAUGACUGUCGACGCCAUUGGGCGUCUUUGGCGACGUCUGAAGAAGUCGAAGAAGCAGGGCCCCGAGCAGGUUCCCGAGCAGGUUCCCGAGCAGGGUCCCGAGCAGGAUCUUGAGCAGGAUCUACACGCUUUCUACUCGGACAGUUCCGAUUCCAUUGAGUCCUCGUACAGUGACCCAGACCCUCUUGAGUGCUUCGAGGCCGUCCAGGGAUGGGUCAAUGGUACUUCUGACACCUAUGACUUCUUUGGUGCCUGGCGCCACCCCUCGGAGCCCUCCUCCAUCGCUUCUUUCGAUGGCGAGGCCGAUCUCUUCUGCGGCGUUAGCGUCCGCGGCGAUCUCGCCGAGCCUGUCGAGGCCGUCGAGCCCACCGUGCCCAUCGUGCCCGCCAAGCCCGCCAAGCGCGGCAUCAAGGACGUUUUUAAGAACGUCAAGGCUGCCUUUAAGCAGCGCUACACUACCGGUUAG